AUGGUGUUACAGCAUGAUCGUAGUAGCUCGAGCUCGCUCUCAAGUGGUGCCGAUGAUUCCAACUCCUUUGGCUCUAUACUGGAUCAAUUACAUGCUGAACAGAAAGGAACGAUUGAAGCAUUGACGUGUCAGGUGGAAUUCUACCGUCAACGUGAAGAACGUGCACGUCAAGAGCUUGUGACAUUACGUCGCUGUUUGCCCUUAGCCAAAGGUGACGAAGCGACGGCUUCUGUUGCUAAAUUGGCGAGUGAAAACCGCGCACUGGGCGAUAAAUUAGACGCACUACAUGCCAAGAAAGGCAAAUGGGAAAGAGAUCGUGCACGUCUUGAGCGACAGAAGAAAGAAUUGGAGAGACAAUUGAAAGAUGCCAAACAUACACUGACAAGUUUCUCACAGGCGAUUGAACAGCUGGAAAUUAAGAUGCAGCGCAAGGAGGCAGAAGUGCAGACGCAGUGUCUUGAACUCGAGCACGAACUGAGCGACACGAAGCAUGAGUGUGAGCAACUGCAACAGGAAAAGACACUGAUGCAGCAGCAACUGGAGAACCUUCAGACAGCUAGUGAUGAGAAUGCAAGACUCCGUGCCGAGCUGCAGACGUUGCUACAUAAUGCGGAACACAGUUACAUUGAACAGGCGGGUAGUUCGCGCUUCUCAUUGAUCAAAAGCAUUAGUAAAAAGUUGAGCAGCUUAGAAGAUGACAAGCGCAGACAAGAAGGAGAGAUUAGGGAAUUACAAGGUAAGCUGUCGGCAUUUACUGCUGAGGUAUCAGCAGCUCAGCUUGAAGUGGAGCGUAAAACUAGUGAGAUCAAGGAGAUGCAGUUGAAGCUGGACAACUCGACUAAUGUCUUGACGCUUCAAGAACAGUUGCUUGCAUCAGACGACAGUUCGAAAAAAGAGGUUGAGGCACAGCGACAGGAGCUGUUGGUUUUAGUGUCAACGCUGCAGCGCGAGAAGAGUGACCUACAAUGCGAGAUUUCUGCCUUGUGUAAGGAGAAAGAGACCACCAUGGCUGAGUUACAUACUGCAAAAUCACGGCUGAGCGCAAAAGACCACUCUAUGAUAGUGUCGACGCUACGUAAUGAAGUUGCCUCCCUGAAGGAACGUCUGCGCGUUGAAAAAGACCUUGCUGCUCGCAACCUGGAAAACGACAUUAUUCGACGGGAUGAGAAGCAGAAGCAGACAGAGUAUGAUAUUCGACAGCUGCGAGAGCAGAUCAAACGGCUAGAAUGUGAGCUUGACCAGUCCCGAACCAAAUACGAGCAGCUUCAGCAAUGCCAAACGUCGCUGGCAAAGCAGCUCGAUUUUGGAUUCAAGGAAUUGCUGAAUGACGAAGAGAGCGCGGCGUGUGCGCACGAAGAGGUGGAAAAGCUGCGCAUUGAGCUGAGCCGAGUCAAAAAAGAUAGUUCUGCUCUGGAAGCUGAACGGCAGAUGCUAGCAGAGGAGCUAGAUCGAGCUAACAGUAACAAUCAGAAGCAAAUUACGCGUCAAAACGAGAAGAUUGACGAGCUGUAUCGCCAGCUUUUGGCGAAGGAGGAGAUUAUUGCGUUGCUAAAGAGUAAUGAGCGCCAAGUAGCAUUGUUACAACAAGAGAAAGAGUCAUGGGAGGGGACAGUCACUGAUGUACGUUUGCGCUAUGAAAGUCGAGUGGAAUUGGAAGUACGUAAGGCAGACAAUCUUCGCUCGCAGAUUGAGCAGCUGGAACAGGACAAGCUGUCACUGAAGCAGCAAAUCGAUGCGCUUGAAGAAGGAAGUGCAGCUUGUAAAGAGAGAGCACAUGCGACUGAGCUGUCUCUAAAGCAAAAAGAUGAGGAGCUUGAGACCCUUCGGCACGAUCUCUCUCGCCUUGAAACUCAGCUAGUUGACGCAACCCAGCGCAUUGACAGGGGGCAAGAAAAGAUCACAGCCCGCGAGCAGAAACUGUUGAAGGAACGAAAGAAGAUGGAGCAUGAGAUGUUUCUCCUCAUCAAUCGCAUUGAGAAUGCUGGCCAGCGAAACGUUGAGCUUGGUGAGAAGGUGAUUAGUCUUGCAAAGCAGUCCAAGGUGGAUCAAACAGAUUUGGUAGCGUUGAGCUCUCAAAUGAAGAGUUACAAAGAUCAGGUGAAAAUGUUGGAAACUCAAAUUGGACAGAUACAACGUCGAAACGGAACGGAAUCCGACACAGUGAGCAAUCUUCAGCGAAAACUAGGCGAUUUGAAGUGCUUGAAGGAAAGCUAUCAAAUUGAAAUCAACAAUCUCCGGCAGAGGCUGGAUCACGUGCAGAGCGAUUAUGUUGUGGCGAAACAACAACGCGACGAGGCCGUAAAGCGAGUCCGUCUUCUUGUACAAUGCCGAGACGAAAUGAAGGUGACCAUGGAAGACCAUACGGCGGAGCUGGUUGAGGAGAUCGAGGCGCUACAGCACCAGAUAGAUAGUGAGCGCAAACGGUGUGCCGUACUACUGACCAACGAGAAAACGCUGUUACGCGAUCUUCAAGAGCGAGAUACAGCCAUCACAAAGCUGCAGCGCACACUCUCAGUACUUCAACGUCAAGCCCAUGAUAAAUCCAGUAGCUCGAUUUCUCGUCGCAGAGACAGUAGCGACAUAGGCACUCCCGUGGGUAGCAGCGACCAAUCCACGGUCCCUACGACGAGCUCGCUGUCCCCGCAGAACCAUCAUGACCAUUCUCAGCAGCAACUACCUCACGAUCGGUUCCAGUCAAGCUCCGCGUCGAGCAGCAGCCCAGCCAUGACGCCGGUGAAGGAGAUGGAGAACCUAUUGAGUAAUUUGGAGCACAUUUCGGACUUUUCAACGCAGAUGCAACAGCUCCAUGCUUAG